AGUCCUCCUCCCCAUCUCUCCCCUUCCUGUAGCCAAAUGCUACCAUUCAGAUCUGCACAGGCUGUGCAAUCGACAGCAUGUCUGCCAACAGCAGCAGAGCUGUCCGCCCAAAGCUCAAGAAAUUGAAGAGCUUAAAUGUGGAAGUGGGGGCAAAAGUUUCCAUGAAAUGCGAGGCAAGUGCUGGAAAUCCCCAGCCAUCCUACAAAUGGUUCAAAGAUGGCAGAGAACUGAAGAAGAGCAAAGAUAUCCGCAUAAAAUAUGGGAAUGGAAAAAAAAAUUCCAGAUUGCAAUUCAAUAAAGUGAAAGUAGAAGAUGCAGGUGAAUACAGUUGUGAAGCAGAGAAUGUGCUGGGCAGAGACACCGUCAGAGGCAAUCUGAAUGUGAAAAGUGUCACUACAACUCUCUCCUCUGGGCCUGGACACACUAGACAAUGCAAUGAAACAGUCAAGUCCUAUUGCGUCAACGGUGGAGUGUGCUACUACAUUGAGGGCAUAAACCAGCUGUCCUGCAGGUGUCCGAACGAAUUCACAGGGGACCAGUGUCAGAACUUCGCAAUGGCCAGCUUCUCCAAGCACCUUGGAUUAGAAUUAAAGGAAGCUGAGGAGCUGUAUCAGAAGAGAGUUCUAACCAUAACUGGGAUUUGUGUAGCGUUGCUUGUUGUGGGAAUAGUGUGUGUGGUAGCUUACUGUAAAACCAAGAAACAGAGAAAUCAAAUGCAUAACCAUUUGCGGCAAAAUAUGUGUCCGGCCCAUCAGAACAGAAACCUUGCAAAUGGCCCUAGUCACCCCCGGCUGGACCCUGAGGAAAUCCAGAUGGCUGAUUAUAUGUCGAAAAACGUCCCUGCUACUGAGCAUGUCAUACGAAGGGAAACGGAGACCACUUUUUCAGGGAGCCAUUCCUGCUCACCAUCGCACCCGUGCUCCACAGGGACUCCGACUUCAAGGCAAAGACACGGAAGCCACACUUGGAGCUUGGAGCAGACAGAAAGCCUGUCUUCGGACUGCCAGUCUGGAAUUAUGCUGUCUUCGGUGGGAAGCAGCAAAUGCAACAGCCCUGCCUGCGUGGAGGCUCGCGCCCGGAGAGAGGCUGCCUACGCUAGUGAGGAGCAGAGGAGGCCCAUGAUGCAAUACAGAGACUCCGUGGAUUCCCUUCGAGACUCGCCACAUAGUGAGAGGUACGUAUCUGCCUUGACCACCCCAGCACGCCUGUCGCCGGUUGACUUCCAUUGCUCAGUCUCAGCCCACAUGCCCACCUUUGAGAUCACGUCUCCUAAUUCAGCUCAUGCAGUCUCUCUGCCACCUGCAGCAUCCAUUAGCUUCCAGGUGGAGGAACAGCAGCCAUUGCUCCGGAGGUACCAGAUCCCUUCCCAAGAUAUGCAAAGGUAUGAGAGUUACUACCAAAGAAGGAGCUACCUGAACGAGAGCACGGGGAGCUUGCCCUCCAGCCCCUUCCGCAUCACGGAGGACGACGAAUACGAGACGACGCACGAGUACAUCUCUGCACUGGACCAGCCAAAGAGAACGGGUGGCAGCAAAGGGCGGUGGAGAAAAUCUAAACUGAACGGGCACCUGUCACACAGGGGCAAAAUGCUUAGAGACUCCUUUUCAGUGAGCAGCGCCUCGUACAGUGAAUCUGAUGAGGAGCUGGUGGCCGAGAGCACUCCUUUCUUAAGUAUGAGAAACACAGAGGAAAUGGACCCCGAUUCACCCCCUCUGUAUCGCCUGGCCGAUAGCAGGACUUACUAUUCAUUCGACAGAUGCAGCACACAGGGAGGGGGCCAACUGGCACAUCAUAGCAGAUCCAGCCAAGAUCCAGCCCCACCUUAGAGGCCGCACUGCUGACUCUUCCC